AUGGAGAAGGCUGAUGGCCAACGUCGACAUUUGAGUAGACCGCGUGCUAUGUCAAUGCAUGAUGUUUCAAUUCCUAUCGCUAAUCUUUGGCAGCAAAUUCUUGCAGCCGCACUAAGUUCAUAUGACUUCAAGGAUGAUGAAGCACUCCAGCGAGGCGAAUACAUUUCUCAAGCGCUUCUGAAAGUAAUUCAAGAUUCACAAUAUGCGAUGGUCAUUUUUUCGGCAAAUUAUGCUUUUUCCAAAUGGUGCCUUAUGGAACUUGCUGAGAUCCUUGAAUGGGAGGAAAAGAAGAAGCUCACAAUUCUUCCUAUUUUCUACCAUGUAGAUCCUUCUGACAUGAGAAAUCAGAGUGGGUCUUUUGCAGAAGCGUUCACUGCACAUGAAAAAGAUCCCAAGAUAGACAAGAAAGAUAUGGAUUCGUGGAGAAAUGCUUUGAGAAAAGCCGGUAGUAUUGCUGGAUGGCACAUACACAACAGGUACGAAUCAACAAUUAUACAAGAAAUCAGUCGUAGUAUAUCUCGUGAGUUGAAUUCUAGAUUCUCACGUCAUGAUUACGAUAAACUUGUUGCAAUAGACUCCCAAGUAGACGAAAUGAUGAAGUUAUUGGAUUUGGAACCGAACGAUGUUCGCUUUGUAGGAAUUCAUGGGAUGGGUGGCAUUGAGACAACGCUGGCCGAAAUAAUUUAUGAUAGAGUUUCUAGUUGUCGAUUUGAAGGAAGUAGCUUUAUUUCUUGUAUUAGAGAAAAAUCUACUACUGCUCGUGAUCUAGCUUCUUUACAAAAAGAACUCCUUUCUACAAUCAUGCAAGAAGAAAUACAUGUAUGGGAUCAUCACCAAGGAAUUAGGAUGAUAAUGAAGAUGCUGCAGAAUAAAAAGGUGUUUAUCGUCCUUGAUGAUGUGGAUAGUGAAAAGCAAUUAAAGACAUUAGCAGGGGAUCAGAAAUGGUUUGGUCCAGGGAGUAGGGUGAUUAUAACAUGCAGAGAUAGUCAUCUGUUGAGAACACAUGGAGUGUAUGAUAUAUAUAAGUUUGAGCAGCUUCAAACUGCUGAAGCUUUGCAACUCUUUAGUUUAUCAGCAUUCAAGAAAGCCCAUCCUACAGAGAAUUACAUGGAUCUAUCUAUGGAUUUUGUAAAUUAUACUCAAGGCCUUCCUUUAGCUCUUAAAGUUUUGGGUUCCUUCUUAUAUGAGAGAGAAAUAGAUCAUGGGGUGGAGAACAUAUUUUAUGAGAUGUUAUUAGAAAGUUUUGGUCAUUAUCGCAUCGACAUUGAUGUCCUCGUCGAGAAGUCCCUCGUAAGCAAAUCAAAAUACGGAUGGUUGUCCAUGCAUGAUUUGCUAAAAGAACUGGGCAGGGAAAUAGUUCGCCAGGAAUGCCCUGAAGAACUUGGACGGCGUAGUAGACUGUUUCGUGUGGAGGAUCUUUAUCACGUACUGAAGAAUGAUACUGGAACUGAUGCAAUUGAAGGCAUAGUCCUGGAUUUUUGUCCUGAAAUGAAAGAGAGACUCAACGCCAAAACAUUGUCAACAAUGAGAAAAUUGAGAUACUUUGAAAUCCAUCAUUCUCGAACUAUAAAAUGGCAUGGAGAUCCUUUAAAAUACAUGCCAACCAAAGAGUUGCGAUUCCUAGAGUGGUCUAGAUAUCAUUUGAAAUCCUUUCCAAGUAGUUUCCAACCUAAAAUUCUUACUGUACUAAGGAUGUCUGGCAUCCGUAUCAAACAACUGUGGAAGGGAUCGAUGGUUCUAGACAAUUUGAAGGAAUUUGAUCUUAGUUAUUCUCAAAACUAG